AUGUCGUCUACUUGUCCGCGUAAUAACGGAGGACGCCGUGCGUUGCUAGGACUUGCUGGAAAGCUUACUUUGAUCUUUGGUAGUGCUGUAAGCAUCGUACUAGGUCUCUGUUUCCUUCUGAUGCGCCGUGUUCGUGAACACGACGCUGCUCUGGGACUUGUCACAUCCAAAUUGGACUCUCUCUCUGUGCGCAGCUUCUCCUCACUCCAGGAGCUACAGCACUCACACGAGACGUUCUUGCACGUAUUUUCCGUGCAAUUUUCUCUUGCUCUGGCUUGUUUUACAUGCAUCUACGUCCUCAAACAGACGUUCGCUAUCCCCGGGUCGGCUUUGCUCAAUGUGUUUGCAGGUGCAAUUUUGCCUUUACAAGUGGCUUUUCCAUUGGUGUCUGCGCUCACGGCUUGUGGGGCAUCUUGUUGCUACCUCUUGUCCAAGAAUUUGGCUUCCGACGAAAUCGUCAUGGGUAUAAGUGAACGACUACUGCCUGGCAAAUUGCGCAUGUUGAGACUGAAAAUCGAGGACGCAAGAGCUCAAGGCCAGCUUUUCUUCUUGCUACUGUUUCUGCGCGUGUUUCCGCUGACACCCAAUUGGUUUUUGAACAUGGCGAGUCCGUGGCUGCAAGUACCGCUGAAGCUGUUUGCUCCGUCGGUGGCAGUUGGGCUGCUACCGUACAACUUCAUUACGGUGAAUGCAGGCGCCAUGCUGUCUUCUCUACGCAGUACAAGUGAUUUAAUGGAUCCACAAACAUUGGGGUUGCUGGUUUUGCUUGCAGGUGGUAUGCUCAUUCCAGUGCUGUUCAAGAAGAAAAUCAAGGACGAAGAAGCGAAAAGUAGCAAAGGAGAGAGGCGUGAUGUUGAGGUGAAAUCCGACAAGAUCAGUAGCAAGAAGACAUUGUAG